AGUUUCGUGGAAAAGCCUAAUAAAGUUUUUGUAUAUAUUUCGAAAUAUUAUUUGAUGAUGUCUCCUUGCUAGGCCAGGCUCAUGUACGGAGUUGGUAUAUAAAUGUUAGAAAUGUGAAUACCAACACACAGAUCACCUCAGUCAUUCACCUGGACCAUACAGAAGAACAGAUAGAAAAUGGACAUUUAUAAACUUGUACGUGUCGUAGUAUUAUUCUGCGUUAUAAAUCAAGGCAUGUUGUAUAAUGCUAAAUCAUCGAGUAGGGAAAUCAGCGAUGAAAGUAGCAGCAAUAGAUCAGGCUCAAGCAGACGCGGCUCUGGAUGGUGGGGCGGAGGCAGAAAUAGACAGUCUAAACCUGCUCGCUCAAGCAGACGCGGUUCUGGAUGGUGGGGCGGAGGCAGAAAUAGACAGUCUAAACCUGCUCAUUCUGGAAAACGUAAAUCUGGAUGGUGGGGCGGUAAAAACAGAAAUGUCCCAACGAAAUCCAAAGGAUCAGGAUGGUUGUCAGCUAAGCCGAACUCUGUACCAAAGACACCGCCAUCAUCGAAACCAAAAUCGGCCCCAAAGUCAAAACAAAACACGAAACCUGAAACAGAUAUAAAGAAAGUGAUAGAAAGAUAUGAAGGUAUCGAACGAAAAGCAUACGAUGCCCAGCCAAAAAAUCCGAAAGUUCAUGAUACUACCAUAGGAAUUGGAUUUAACUUAAACCGACCUGAUGCAGAGAAAACGUUCAAGAAGGUCGUGCCAGGGGUUGAUUUUAACAAAGUAAAGUCUGGAAAGCAAACAAUAACAGAUAAACAAGCCCGUGCUCUGUUUAAUCAUGAUGUCGAUAACAUAUACGAACCAAGAGCAAGAAAUAAAGUGGGAAAAGAUGUUUACGACAAGUUGCCGUCCAAUGUUAAAGCAGCGGUGGUGAAUGCAGUGUACAGAGGUGAUCUAGGACCAAAAGCUACAAACUUGAUAAAGCAAGGGAAGUGGAAAGAAGUUGGAAAGGAAUACCUUGACCAUAACCAAUAUAAGAAUGCGGACAAACUGGGGAUACCAGGUAUUAAGACAAGAAUGGACUGGAACAAAAAACAAUUUGAUACCAUGAUAAAACAAGAAAAACCGAAAUAGAACGAAAAGAGAUAUUUUACUUGGAAUUGUUGAAUGAAUUACUUUACGUGAAAUAAAACAAUUGAAAAAAGAAAACGCUGAUAAUAUCUUUAA